AUGGCCGCUCGCCCGCUGUCUCUCGCGUCGUUCAAGCAACUCAACUUUAACUCCCACCAAUCUCAUUCCCAAAGUAGAAACAAGGCGCACCCGAACGCAUCCUCGCCCUUGCGCGCCAUGACGGCGGAUAUCCGUGCCCAGCCGCAACAGGAGCACAAUCAGCAGGCUACAAAGGCCCUCCGUACCUGGUGGCAGCACUUCACCACUUCCCAGAAGCUGUCCAAGCCCGGCCCGUUGCCGGACAAGGACGAUGGGCCGCAUCCAGUGUUUGGCAAGCCGCUCAAGGACUCGCUCAAGUACGCGAGCGUGCAGAUCUCGACCGCAGGCAAGGGCGGCGAACUGUACGUAUGGGGAUACAUCCCCGUCGUCGUUGCGAAAUGUGGAUUGUUCUUGAAGGAGAACGCAACGGAGGUGGAGGGGACAUUCCGCGUCAACGGCUCGAACAAGCGGAUGCGCGAACUGCAGGCAAUAUUCGAGACACCGCCCAAGUACGGAAAGUCGUUGGACUGGAAGAAAGAGAACUAUACCACGCACGACGUCGCAUCGGUCUUCCGCCGAUACCUCACCCAAAUGCCUGAACCCGUGAUACCCCACGACAUGUACCACCAAUUCCGCGACGCAAUAUCGAAAAAGCCGUAUAAUCAGGACGAGGUGAUCGCGACGUACAAACGCCUGAUCGGCGCGAUGCCGCGCGCGAACCAAUAUUUGUUGCUUUAUGUCCUCGAUUUGCUCUCCGUCUUUGCUCGCAAGCACGAGAAGAACCUUAUGACUGCUGCAAAUCUAGCAGUCAUCUUCCGGCCAGGCAUCAUGAGCCAUCCAACACAUGAACUCUCACCGCCAGAGCAUCAACUCAGCCAGGAGGUGCUUGAGUUCUUGAUUGCACACCAGGAUUGGUUCAUGCUCGAUAUACCCGCCCCACCAGAGGAUGAUCCCAGUCUAGACCGCGUUGACUCGCCGUCAGGUUGGAGCGUCAUCGACGCUGCCUCUCCCAGCGAGAGCUCCACUAGUGUUCUCGGCUCCAAGAUGCAACGCCGACGAACAACGACCGAGCGUGAGCGGACGCCGAUGAGUGAUAAACGCACCAACUCGCCCAGCGCCGGUUUACCCGCGCUCAACGAGGACCUCUCGUCGCCCGCCUCACCCACGGGCUCUUCACAUUCGCGCUCGCAUCCGUCGAGUCCUGCCAGCGGCGUCUCGCGGAGCCGUACGCUGCCCAGUCAGCGAUCAGCGCCCGCAGGGUUCCUCAAGAGGCGCGAAGGAAAUGCGAACAGGAGGAGCGUGCAACCGCCUGCACACGGCGCGAGCGCCGUUGCGCUCGGCAAGAGCGCGUCAUAG